CCGAGUCGGGCCAGCGGUCGCGGGCCAGCGGGAGCCCCAGGUCUGAGGAGUGGGUGGCGGGGCAGCGAGGGCCAUGACCUCGGUGUGGAAGCGCCUGCAGCGCGUGGGCAAGCGGGCCGCCAAGUUCCAGUUUGUGGCCUGUUACCACGAGCUGGUGGUGGAGUGCACCAAGAAAUGGCAACCUGAUAAGCUGGUGGUUGUGUGGACCCGGCGGAACCGGCGCAUCUGCUCCAAGGCCCACAGCUGGCAGCCGGGCAUCCAGAACCCAUACCGGGGCACCGUGGUGUGGAUGGUACCUGAGAAUGUGGACAUCUCUGUGACCCUGUACCGGGACCCCCACGUGGACCAGUAUGAGGCCAAAGAGUGGACGUUCAUUAUUGAGAAUGAGUCCAAGGGGCAGCGGAAGGUGCUGGCCACGGCUGAGGUAGACCUGGCCCGCCAUGCAGGGCCUGUGCCUGCCCAAGUUCCGCUGCGGUUGCGGCUGAAGCCCAAGUCGGUGAAGGUGGUGCAGGCCGAGCUGAGCCUCACUCUCUCGGGGGUGCUGCUGCGGGAGGGCCGAGCCACGGACGAUGACAUGCAGAGUCUUGCGAGCCUCAUGAGCAUGAAGCCUAGUGAUGUGGGCAACUUGGAGGACUUUGCUGAGAGUGACGAGGAGGAGGCUAAUGGUCCAGGGACCCUGGAGGUGCGGGCUCGUGUCCCCCAGCCAGAUGCCUCUCGGGAGUUGAAGACACUUUGUGAGGAGGAGGAAGAGGGCCGGCUCCAGCGGGCAGCUGCCAGCCCUUCUAGCACUGAGGAUACCAGCCCAGCACCUGUGAGUGCCCCUGCGCCCCCAGCCAGGGCCUCCCGGGGCCAGGAGUCAGAACCAGCUACCAUAGCUGGGGGCCAGGUGGGGCCCAAGGCCCCCAGGCCCCCUGGAACCCAACCCGAGACAAGGUCCUCAAGACAGCCAGGCCAAGAUGUGGCCCCCACCCCGGCCCCUCGGCUCCGGAAAGGCUCUGAUGCCCCCUGGCCCCCAGUCCACCAAGAGGAGGAUGAGGCCUCCAAAGACUCAGGGGCUCCCCCAGCAGGAGUGGAUUCUGCUGUGGAGACCCAGGCCCUGGAAAGCCCUCAGGAAGGGACAGAAGCCCAGGGAGCAGGGCUGGGCCCAAGCACUGAGGACAGACACUCCAGCAACGUUUUGGAAGGGCAGAAACCCAUGGCUGAGGAAGGGGGCGUUGGGGACAGGCCAGAGGCUAGUGGGGUGGCCACUGAGCAUGGGUUAGGAGUCAGAGAGGUGAAUAAGAAGAGGUCAGAUGUCAGAGCUUGGGAGGCUGAAGAGAGUUUAGGAGUAGGUCAAGUGGAUGCUCAGCGGAGGUCAAGUGUGAGACAUGUGGACACUAAGGGACCAGAGUCUACAGGGGUGACAUCUGAGGCAAGAUUCAAGGGGACUCCUGAGGCUCCUCCAAGGGGCUCUCAGGGAAAGACAGGCGUCAGGACCAGGGAUGAGGCUCACACAAUCCUGAGCCCACCUCCAGCAGAGCCUGCAGGGCAUUCCAGGCAUCUUGGUGACCUCAAGGGGAUCAGGACUGCUGCAGGCCAGGAGAAAGAGGGUGCAGAGGUGAGGGACAGAGCCCUGGGUAUUGGGGGGACAGGCCUGGAGCAGGGCACCUCUGUUGGAGCAGCAAGUGCCAGUCCCCAGGUGAGCAGGUACCAAGGGGCCCCACUAGCAGCUGACCAGGGGGCAGUGUCUAGGGAUCUGAGGGUCUGGGAGGUAGAAACUGGGGAUUCAAGGGUCUCGGGACCAGAGACUAGGGUGGCAGAAUCAGAGUCACUGGGGACCCAGGAGACGGAAGUGGGGGGCUCAGUGUUUCCACAGAUAGAGACCGAGACAGCAGAAGCAGAGAUAUUGGGGACCCAGGAGACAAAGAGAGUGAGAUCAGGGGUCCUGGAGUCAGAGGCUGCUGAGAUGACAGAGUCUAAGGAACUAGGGACCCAGAAAACAGGGGUAAGGAUUUUAGGGGCCCCCGGGACAGAGGCUGGGGUGGCAGAGUAUAAGGUACUGGGGAUGCAGGAAACAGAGGCUGGGGGUUCAGGAGUUCUGGGGAUAAAGACUGUGGUGUCAGAGACUGAGAUACUAGGGACCCCGGAGAUAUCUGGGGGUUCAAGAGUGCUGAAGAUAGAAGCUGAGAGAGCAGAAUCUGAAAUAUUGGGGGCCCAGGAGACAGAGGUGAGGUUUUCAGGGGUCUCAGAGAUAAAAUCAGAGAUAACAAGAACCCAGGAAACAGAGUUAGAAGGUUCUGAGGUCACAGGGUUUGAGAUUGAGACAGCAGAAGCUGAGAUCCUGGGGACCCAGGAGACAGAGGUAGGGGGUUUAGGAGUCCCUGAGAUAGAGAGUGAGACAGCAGAAGCUGAGAUAUUGGGGACCCAGGAGACAGAGGUAGGGGGUUCAGGGGUCCCAGAGGUAGAGAGUGAGAUAGCAGAAGCUGAGAUAUUGGGGACCCAGGAGACAGAGGUAGGGGGUUCAGGGGUCCCAGAGAUAGAGACUGAGACAGCAGAAGCUGAGAUAUUGGGGACCCAGGAGACAGAGGUAGUGGGUUCAGGGGUCCCAGUAGAGAGUGAGACAGCAGAAGCUGAGAUAUUGGGGACGCAGGAGACAGAGGUAGUGGGUUCAGGGGUCCCAGAGACAGAGACUAAGACGGCAGAAGCUGAGAUAUUGGGGACCCAGGAGAUGGCAUUUGGGGGUUCAGGGGUCCCAGGAACAGAGACUAAGAUAGUGGGGCCUGAGGAGACAGAAGUGGGUAAUUCAGGGUUUUCAAGGCCAGAGGCUAGAAUGGUAGAGGCUGAGGGACUGGAGACUGUCUGUCAACAGACAGAAAGUACAGUUUUAGAAGCUGAGAAAGCAAAGGCCAAAACUUCUGGGGUCCAGGAGGCAGAGACUGGACUCUGGAGGACCCUCAAAUAUGAGGCUUUAAGGGUCCCAGUCAUAAAGCAUGGAAUUUUAGAGUCCCAGGGAGCAGAGGCAGAGACUACAAUUUUGAGGGGCCAGGAGGCAGAGGCUGGGGUUUGGGGGGUUUCAGAGGCCAUGUCUGGGGUUUGGGAAGCCAAUGAAGCAGAGAUGGAGGUUCCAGGGGCUUCAGAGAACCAAUCUGGUAUUUUCGAGGCCCAGGAAGCAGAGGCUGGGGUCUCAGGAACCGAGAAGGGAAAAGAAGCUGAGGGAAACCUCCCAGAGGCCAGCCUGAUUGAGGCGCAGGUGGCCAGUGGGGCAGGGGCUGGGGUGCCCAGGCCCUUGGGGGCCUCUUCCCCAGAGGAGCCUGAAGAGGACAGGAGGCUGCCGGGCAGCCAGGCACCGCCUGCCCUGGUGAGCUUUAGCCAGUCCCUGCUGGAGUGGUGCCAGGAAGUCACCGCUGGCUACCGUGGUGUCCGCAUCACCAACUUUACCACAUCAUGGCGCAACGGCUUGGCCUUCUGUGCCAUCCUGCAUCGAUUCUACCCAGACAAGAUCAACUUUGCCUCCCUUGACCCACUCAACAUCAAACAGAACAACAAGCAGGCCUUCGAUGGCUUCGCGGCCCUGGGCGUAUCGCGGCUGCUGGAGCCGGCGGACAUGGUGCUGCUGACUGUGCCCGACAAACUCAUCGUCAUGACGUACCUGUGCCAGAUCCGCGCCUUCUGCACAGGGCAGGAGCUGCAGUUGGUGCAGCUGGAGGGCGGCGGCGGCGCCGGCACGUACCGCCAUGGCUCCUUCUCUCACGUGCGCGACGCAGACCUGCUGAAGAAGAGGCGCUCGAGGCUGCGGAACAGCAACUCCUUCUCUGUGGACGAUCCGGACUCGGGAGCCCCGGGAGCUGGCGGAGCGGCAGCGGAAGGCAUGAGCCCUGACCCCAGCCCUGCCCCUGGCCCACCCACAGCCACAGCCCCACAGCAGCCCCCAGGUGGGACAUCAGAGGAACCGCCCCCAAGCCCAGGGGAGGAGGCUGGGCUGCAACGGUUCCAGGAUACAAGUCAGUACGUGUGCGCAGAGCUACAGGCCCUGGAGCAGGAGCAGAGGCAGAUAGAUGGGCGGGCAGCCGAGGUGGAGACGCAGCUGAGGAGCCUCAUGGAGUCAGGUGCCAACAGGCUGCAGGAGGAGGUGCUGAUCCAGGAGUGGUUCACACUGGUCAACAAGAAGAACGCUCUCAUUCGGAGGCAGGACCAGCUGCAGCUGCUCAUCGAAGAGCAGGACUUGGAGCGGAGGUUCGAGCUGCUUAGCCGGGAGCUGCGGGCCAUGCUGGCCAUUGAAGACUGGCUGAAAACGGCCGCGCAGCAGCACCGAGAGCAGCUGCUGCUGGAAGAGUUGGUGUCGCUGGUGAACCAGCGCGACGAGCUGGUCCGGGACCUGGACCAGAAGGAGCGGACCGCCCUGGAGGAGGACGAGCGCCUGGAACGCGGCCUGGAGCAGCGGCGCCGCAAGCUGAGCCGGCAGCUGAGCCGGCGCGAACGCUGCGUGCUGAGCUGAGGCCGCGCGGGCCCAGACGUCUUCGCCCCUCCUGGUCCAACCGGAC